AUGCACGACAUGCAUGCUGAGCCUCAGCGCCGCGCACGAUGCCCCCUGCCUGUUGCUGCAGCAGCAGCAGCAGCACAUCCGUCAGCAGCAGCAGCAACAUCGCAGCCAGCAGCAGCAGCAGCAGCAGCAGGAGCAGCAGCAGCAGCAGCAGGAGGCUCCGGCGGGUCAUGGGGCUCGGUGGCGUGGCUGAAGAGGUGGAGGGGCCUGCUGCUGGCAGCAGCAGCGCGGGGGCGUGCUGCUGCUGCAGCAGCUGCUGAGCUGCUGCUGCUGCUGCAGCUGUGCUGCGGGGUGUACGCGCGUGGGGUCUGCGACGGGGUGUCUGUACACCGCUGCUGCUUCUUCCUCCGCGGCUGCAGACUCAUCCGCAGCAGAGCUUUGCGUUGUCUUUUAUUAAAUGGAUUUCUUUAUGCUGCUGUGUCUUUGUUGUUUUUGCAUUUGCUGCUGCCGCUGGCAUCUUUGCUGCUGGCGCUGCUGCUGCGGCUGCUGGGGCUGGCCUGGGGGCUCGCUGCUGCAGUGCCUGCUGCUGCUGCUGCGGGCUCCCUCUGCCCGGCGCUGGCCGCAGCAGCAGCAGCAGCAGCAGCAGGCGCUGCAGCAGGAGAGGCCUGGGCAGCAGCAGCAACUCCCCCACUCGAAACUCUUGGCUGGCUGCUGCUGCGCUACGGGCUGCUGCUUCCUGUUUAUGCAUGCAGCAGCGUGUCUUCCUUUUUGUGGUAUGUGGAUGUUGCUGAGCAUGCAACAGCAAUGCUGCAGCAGGAAGAGGACGCAGCAGCAGCAGCAGCAGCAGCAGCUGCUGCGGCGGCGCGCCGCUGCGGCGCCCCCGGAAGCAGCCUGCAGCAGCAGCAGCAGCAGCAGCAGCAGCAGCAGCAGCAGCUUCUUUGCCCGUACUGCUACCCGCGCAGCGCUUCGCCGCGCGGCGGCGCCGCUGCAGCGGGGGCAGCAGCAGCAGCAGCAGGAGCAGCAGCAGGAGCAGCAGCAGCAGCAGAAGGCCUGCGAGGCAGCUCUCCGGAAGCCGCGCUGCUGCGGCUCGUGCUGCAGUACGUGUGGUGGUGUCAGGGAUCUUUGCUGCUGCCUCUUAUUCCCUUUUUUGGAAAAAGUUUAUCUCUUUUGAAUUUUUGUUGGAUGUUUUCUUUUUCUUGCUUCGGCUGGAAGCGCAAGCGGCCCCAGUUCUACGUGCAGCAGCAGCAGCAGCUGCUGCGGAGCCGGGACGGGGGCGACGCGCUGCAGCAAGGCGCUGGCGCGGCGUUGCUUGCACCUGCGCCGGCCGACGUGCAGCAGCAGCAGCAGCAGCAGCAGCUGCAGCAGCAGCAGCAGCAGCAGCAGCAGCAGCAAGAAGAGGCCUCCGCCGAUCCUUUCUGGGCGGGGGCGCCCUCCUCCGACAGCGCGUUGCAGCUGGGUCCGCAGCAGCAGCAGCUGCUGCUGCGGACCCCUGCGCAGCCCCUGCUGCUGCUGCAGCAGCAGCAGCAGCAGCAGCAGCAGCAGGAGAGUCUGGAGGAGUGCCUCUCCGCCUUCGAGCAGCACUGGGUCUACUUCGCAGGCUUCGGAACUCCAGUUUGUGCUGCUCAUUACUUUGUUCCGGAAGCAGCAGAUCUUGCUGUUGCUGCAGUGCUGCUGCCGCUGUCGAUAUUGCUGGCGCUGCGGGCGAGCCCCGUGCGCUGCAGCAGCAGCAACCCGCAGCAGCAGCAGCAGCUGCUGCUGCUGCUGCACAAGUACAAGUACGUCGCCAGGCUCCCCAUCUUCUUCCCCGUGCAGCUGCUGACCCGCACCACUUUGGCUUGGCUGCUGCAGCGCCUCCCGGGGGGCUUUUUGUCUCCGAACUGCAGCAGCAGCAGCAGCAGCAGCAGCAGCAGCAGCGGCAGCGGCCGGCCGUGCAGGAGCAGCAAGGGGGGGCGCUUGGCUCUGGCGAGAAACCCGACCGCGGGGGGGAGGACUGCAGCGCCUGCUGCAGCAAACGCUGCUGCUGCUGCUGCUGCUGCUGCUGCUGCUGCUGCUGAGCCUACUGCCACGCGUCUUCCGCAAACACUCUAUGAGCAGGAGCAGCAGGAGCAGCAGCUGCUGCUGCAGCAGCAGCAUGAGCAGCAGGAGCAGCAAGAGCAGCGUGAGCAGCAGGACCUGCAGCAAAACCAGCACGAGCAGCGGAAGCAGCAUGAGCAGCAGCAGCAGCAGCAGCAGCAACAGGAACAGCAGCAGCAGCAGCAGCGGCGGCGGCAGAACCACCGGCUUCAGUUGCAGGUGUAUGGACAGCCCUGGUCUCACCCACUUCUCCACGGAGACACUGCAGCAGCAGCAGCAGCAGCAGCAAUGGCGCAUGCUGCCUUGCAGCAGCAGCAGCCGCUGCUGCUGCUGCAGUCGCAGCAGCACGGCAAAGGCCACACAUUUUCUGCUGCUGCCGCGUCUGCGUCGCCGGCUGCCGCUGCUGCUUCGAGUGCGGAAGACGAAGUGCAGCAGCAGCAGCAGCAGCAGCAGCAGCAGCAGCAGCAGGCGCUGCGCACUCACGUGCCGUGGCAAAGCAGCGCCAGCGAUGUGCUGUCAUGUGACCAGCAGCAGCAGCAGCAGCAGCAGCAGCAGCAGCAGCAGCAGCGGCAGCCACGGCAGCAGCGGCGGCAGCAGCAGCAGCAGAGUUGGGAGUCUCAGUGGAAUAUUGUGCACCGCUGUUCUGCUGCUGCUCGCGAGGGGACAAUUAGCAGCAGCAGCAGCAGCAGCUGGCAUGCUGUUGCUGCAGGUGCGCUGAAGCGGCUGUGGCCGGGGGUGCAGCAGCAGCAGCAGCGGCACCGGCAGCACAGGCAGCAGCAGCAGGGAGCAGCAGCGAGGCAGCAGCAGCAGCAGCAGCAGCAGCAGCACGAACCGCUGCAGCGGCACCACCUGCAGCAACUCAAUUUGCUGCACAAAAAGAGACACCGCCGUGCUGCUGCUCGUUGCCGCGCGCUGUCUCCUUUGGGGCCCCCAGCCCAGCUGAACCCUCGCUAG